AUGCCAUCGCGGGAUCGCCCUGGAAACGCAUUCUCCGGGAGCGGCAGCCGCCAAUGGGAAGUUAGCGAGUGCCACGAACAGGCCAAUAAGGAGGGAGCAGUGCGGGGUUUAAACUUAAGGCUAGGCCGGCUCUUCCCGGCGUGCUGCGGAGGAACGGCUGUUGGUUUCUGGUGGAUUCAGGUCCUCGGCUGGUCGGGACUCCGGUGUUCUGCUUCUCUCCGCUGCUGCCUGGUGAAGAGGAAGCCAUGGCGCUCCGAGUCACCAGGAACUCGAAAAUUAAUGCUGAAAAUACGACGAAGAUCAGUAUGGCAGGCGCAAAGCGCGUGCCUGUGGCCCCUGCUGCAACCUCGAAGCCCGGACUGAGGCCAAGAACAGCUCUUGGGGACAUUGGUAACAAAGUCAGUGAACAACUACAGGCCAAAAUGCCUAUGAAAAAGGAAGGAAAACCUUCAGCUACUGGAAAAGUUAUUGCUAAAAAACUACCAAAACCUCUGGAAAAGGUACCUAUGCUGGUGCCAGUGCCGGUGUCCCAGCCAGUGCCAGAGCCAGAACCUGAGCCUGUUAAAGAAGAAAAACUUUCGCCUGAGCCUAUUUUGGUAAACUUAUUCUUAACAUUUGUGGCUGAUGGGCAUCCAAUUGUUGGUGAAAUUAUUUGUGCUCUAAAGGAGUACGCUCAAAAGGAUUCUUCUGCAAGAAGAGUUCUUUGCCAGGAGCAGUCUUCUACUUUGGGUUUCUUCUCAUAUCUUGUGCUUUCAUUUUCUUUUCAGGAAGAGCAAGCAGUCAGACCGAAAUACCUACUGGGUCGGGAAGUCACUGGAAACAUGAGAGCCAUCCUAAUUGACUGGCUAGUACAGGUCCAAAUGAAAUUCAGAUUGUUGCAGGAGACCAUGUACAUGACUGUCUCCAUUAUUGAUCGGUUCAUGCAGAAUAAUUGUGUGCCCAAGAAGAUGCUGCAGCUAGUUGGUGUCACUGCCAUGUUUAUUGCCAGCAAAUAUGAAGAAAUGUACCCUCCAGAAAUUGGUGACUUUGCUUUUGUGACUGACAACACUUACACUAAGCACCAAAUCAGACAGAUGGAAAUGAAGAUUCUAAGAGCUUUGAACUUUGGUCUGGGUCGGCCUCUACCUUUGCACUUCCUUCGGAGAGCAUCUAAGAUUGGAGAGGCUGAUGUUGACCAACAUACUUUGGCCAAAUACCUGAUGGAACUAACUAUGUUGGACUAUGAUAUGGUGCACUUUCCUCCUUCUCAAAUUGCAGCAGGAGCUUUUUGCUUAGCACUGAAAAUUCUGGAUAAUGGUGAAUGGACACCAACUCUACAGCAUUACCUGUCAUAUACUGAAGAAUCCCUUCUUCCAGUUAUGCAGCACCUGGCUAAGAAUAUAGUCGUGGUAAAUCAAGGGCUUACAAAGCACAUGACUAUCAAGAACAAGUAUGCUACGUCGAAACAUGCUAAGAUCAGCACUCUAGCACAGCUGAAUUCUGCACUAGUUCAAGAUUUAGCCAAGGCUGUGGCAAAGGUGUAACUUGUAAACUUGAGUUGGAGUAUUAUAUUUACAAAUAAAAUUGGCACCAUGUGCCAUCUGUACAUAUUACUAUUGCAUUUACUUACUUUUAAUAAAGCUUGUAGCCCCUUUUACUUUUUUAUAGCUUAA